AUGUCUAUUGCGAAAAAGAGGUUAGCACAGGAACGGGCGGAAUGGAGGAAGGAUCACCCCGCUGGAUUUUCGGCCAAGUAUAGCCCCAUGAGUGAUGGGAAGGGUCUCGACAUCAUGAAAUGGAUCUGCAAAAUACCAGGCAAAAAGGGAGGUCUAUGGGAAGGAGGCGAAUUCCCGCUAACUAUGGAAUUCACGGAGGAUUACCCCAGCAAGCCCCCCAAGUGCAAAUUCACCACGGUAUUAUUCCACCCGAACAUUUACCCAUCAGGUCACCCUCACAACGCAUCUCUUACCCCUAACACAGGAACCGUAUGCUUGUCUAUCCUAAAUGAAGAUGAGGAUUGGAAACCCUCUAUAACAAUAAAGCAGAUUCUGUUGGGUAUUCAGGAUCUGUUGGAUAAUCCCAACCCGAAUUCGCCUGCACAAGCGGAGCCGUUUCUCCUGUACCAACAGGACAGAGACUCUUACGAAAAGAAGGUCAAAAAGCAGGCCAUGGAGUUUAGGCCGAAGGACUGA